UUCGUGACCUCGGGAAGAAGCGGCGACGCGAUGAGAUGAAGGCACGGCCUCUGACUCCCAUAAUACGGCUACAGCUCCUCCACUCACGUCGCCUCCGCCCCGUCCUCGGAGCUCGGCCUCUCUCCUCCGCAACCGACCACCCCGACAAGGCGCCGCCGGCCUCCUCCUCCUCCUCCGUCGCCCCGCAGUCGGAGGUGGAGGCGAGGAGCGAGGCAUACCGGCGGCUUGAAAACCUCGACUUCAUGACCGCCGCCAAGAUCCUAUUCACCACCCCUCCCAAAAGGAAGAAGUUCGGGCUCGAUUUCCAUCUGGUACAGCUCUUCUUUGCUUGCUUGCCCUCUUUAGCUGUGUACUUGGUGGCACAAUACGCGCGAUAUGAGAUCAGAAGAAUGGAGGCGGAAUUAGAGGAGAAAAAGAAACAAGACGAGGAAAAGCAGAAAGCAAAAGAGGCAGAGAUGAGCAACGACGAAGAAAAGUCUGAAGCAGAGUUGUCAAAGGUUGACGAAGAAAAGUCUGAAGCAGAGUUGUCAAAGGUUAAAGCCAGGUUGGAUGCACUGGAGGAGGCUGUAAAGGAAAUUGCUGAUGAGAAAAAGAAAAUUCCCACUUCCAAAUUAUCCAAGGAUCAAGAUCAAGACAAGAGAGAGAAGGUUACAUCUGUUGAUGAGAAGUCCAGUACUCAGAGCCAAUUGAACACAAGAAGCAGCGAUACGGAAAGGGUCGGUGGUUCUGGCCCUUGAGCUUACAUUGCAACAACUGACAGAGUGGAAAGGAGGACAAGCAGUUGAGUCUGGAGAGGGAGCAUCUGGGAGGUCAACGAAGAGAAUCUGAAUAUAUAUGCGCAUAACUAGUAUACAUGAUCCUGGCAAUACAGAGAAAUCAAUACAAGUGAAACACGUCUUCUGGUGGAUGAUCUGGAUAGGAUAAAUUUUGGGCAUUUAUGUAUGAUUUACUUGAGCAGUAACUAUAUCAUCUUUCAAGGCACAACUUAAUCUUGGAGAUUGUUCGAUUAUUUCAUUAUUAUCUUUCUCGGUGGCUCUCUUUUUCUACUUGGAGGCAAUUACAGUGAGUUGCUGCUUUAACCAUAAGGUCUGUUAGACCAACCUUGUCUAGUUUAAUGUCAUUAUAUGUGAAUGUGAAAAGCACUAUGAUUAUUCAUAGACUGCUAAGUGGGAAUAUAUUUGAUGAUGCA